UAGGCAGAUAAGCAGGGCAUAAAUAGUUGUAUAAUUUUAGAAACUGGUACAUACAUUUGACCAUGAGCUUCCUGGCAAGAAAGCAAAAAGAAUUAGAAAGUUGUCCAUCAAAAGGUAUAUUUUCCUCUGGAUAAGCAAAGCCAGACCCUUACUUGAAAACAGCAUUUGUGGGUGGGUCUUUGCCUGUCUAGUUUCCUGAUGCCUCUGAUUCUUGUGGAGUUCCACAGCCCAGCCCCUUGUUUUUAAUGUCACGUUUUUUUUCCAGGGGCAAUGAAUCAUUCUUUCCAGGACACUGGAUCUCGUGACAUUCACGAAGAUGGAAAGCUUUAUGUCGUGGAUUCCAUUAAUGACUUAAACAAACUAAACCUCUAUCCUGCUGGAUCACAGCAUCUGUUCCCUCUUGAAGAGAAAAUCCCAGACUUUGGCACACGCUCAGGAAAUGGGAGGCGGAGUCUGUUCUUUAUGGGGCUGCUAAUUGCACUGAUCGUCAGCUUGGCACUGGUUUUCUUCGUGAUAUUUCUAAUAAUUCAAACUGGAAACAAGAUGGAUGAUGUGUCAAGAAGACUAAUAGCUGAUGGAAGAGACAUAGAUGACCUAAAGAAAAUCAACAACAUGAUCAUAAAGCGACUCGACCAACUGGACUUGGAGAAGAAUUAGAGAAAUGAUUUUCCAAGGGCAUCAGCUAACACGUGGAGCUCCUCACUUUCCUGGGGUGCACUGGGUCAAGGGCUGAGAAAGGGCAAUGGAUUAUCUGAUCAUUAAAACCAACCAGGGAUACGAGCAACUCCUAGGCAAGCUUUAGGACAGCAGCUAGAAAGGGAUGGUUAGGUCUCAGCCUUAUUUUCUGGUAGGGUGCUCCAGCUUUAAUGUGGUUAGGGUGGUUGGCUAGCAUGCAGGAGAAUCAACAGAAACCAGGAAUUCGGCUUUGUAUAUACAACUUAUCUUACUAGAGGAGUUUGGUGUAGAAUAGGUUCACUGUCGAUGAAAGUUUGACGCCACAUGCCUGUGCAGAUUCCUGUGAAAGCCUGAGAGAUUCAUUCAAUUACCUGAGCAGAAGGGAAGUAGGUGAUGGCUUUCUUCAGCAAAAGACAUUCUUCUGCUUAGGUCAUCAGGCUUUGACUAUUUCCCCAGGGUCAGUGAUGGGCAGGCUUCAGAGCUGAUUGCUGUCAGUGAUUGCUGGUGGAAACAUGGGUAGGAGUUAUGUGUGUAUGGUGGGGCCAGGAAUCAACAGAGAAAGCCUGAUUAAUAACUGGUGUUUACUGAGUUCCUUCUAUGUGUGAAUCAUGCUACUCUAGAGCAUGGGGACUAGGGAGAUGUAGUUUAUAUGGAAUUAGGUAAGAUACAUUUACUUUGUUUCUCAUGAAAAAAGAAGCCCUUCAGUACCCCUGCUCAUUAAUUUGGAGGAAAUCUGAUAAGUUUGUGGCCUUUGAUAAACUACAGUAGGUAGUUAUAAACUUGGAAUAUUUGGAAACUGUCUUCUUAUAGCAAAAUAAGGUACAUGGUAUCUGACAUAAAAGAGGGUGUGAAAUAAAUGAAUCUAAAAAGCAUAGGUCUUUUUAUUUAGUUUAGAUACAUGUACAAGUCAAUUGAAAAUUGUAUUGCAACUCUGUCAUUUUAAGUUGCUGAAUUUGUUUACCCAUUUUGCACUCAAAAACAUUUGUACUGUAUAUUCUUUUUCUUAAAAUUCACAGGUACCAUGCAGAACAUGGUCAAACCUAAAAUUUGUAUUUGUGGAACAACUCUUAUUGAGCUGUUGAUAGGGUGUGGCAAAAGUCACUUGUUAUCUGUUGUAUAGCUGUUUCAGGAAUCACUGGGGAUCUAAUACAAUGACUCUUAAAAAUAUUCAUUUCUUAGCCAGGCCCAGUGGCACAUGCCUGCAAUCCCAGCUGCUAAGGAGGCUGAAACAGAAGGAUUGUGAAUU